AUGGGGACUUGCGAGAACCAGCUCUUCCCUCCCACAGACUUCCCCACACGACCAGCUUACCUGAAGUUCAAGAACUUGAAGAGUGGGCUGAGCUAUUGCCAGUAUGGGGUCCUCAAGGAGGACGGCAAGCCGAUCGAUUGCAAAGACGUCCCCGCAGAUGUGGUGAGCGCUGAGGAGAAGGAGAAGUACAGGCCCCAGGUGCUGGCAAAGUGCGUGUGCACACCAGGCACGGAGUGCAAGUCGGUGAUUGCGAACGCGGGCGUGGCCUCGGUUGCCUCUACCAUCUUCGUCAGGAUAGCCUUGGGGACGCUCCUAGAGCGCUUUGGCCCCGUGAACGUUCAGUGCGGCUUGAUGUCCUUCGGGGCCUUUUGGGUGGCCAUGGCGGCAGCAAUUACAGCUCCCUGGAACUACACGCUGAUCCGCUUCUUCAUAGGCUGCGCUGGCGCCACUUUCGUGACCAACCAGUUCUGGUGCUCGCUGAUGUUUGCCCCGAACGUUGUUGGCACCGCCAACGCCACUGCGGCUGGUUGGGGCAACCUGGGAGGCGGCGUGACCCAGAUUUUUAUGAUGUCAGUACUGUUCAACCCUAUGGUGGCCUCCGGGAUGGAGCCGAAUGAACUCGCAAUGAACAAUCAGUUGGCUACGCAUUUUCGGACGUACUUCCAGAUGGAUGCAGGUGAUGCCAGCGCCCUGGCGGGUGCUUUCGGCUUGAUGAACCUCUUCGCAAGAUCCCUGGGAGGCAUCAGCAGCGAUAUUUGCUUCAAGUACUUCGGUUUCCGCGGCCGCAUUUGGGCUCAGUUCCUGGCACUGUUCUUCGAAGCUAUCUUCCUGUUCAGCUUCGGAAAGGUGGACAAUUCGCAGCCUUGGUACGUGGCCUUGGCAGUUUUGGUUUGCUUCUCGCUCUUUGUGCAGAUGGCUGAGGGCACUUCCUACGGCAUCGUGCCCUUCAUGAACCGGAAGCAGCUCGCAGUGGUGUCCGCGCUUGUGGGUGCCGGUGGCAACCUCGGGGCAGUGAUUGCAGGCUUCUGCUUCUACAAGCCGAUCCAGGAUGCCCUGCUGCCUUUCCAGGUCCAUGCAGGCUAUGUCAUGUUUUGGGCACUGCUGAGCCCCUGCUACUACUGGUCCGAGAUGGGUGGAAUGUUCCACGGACCGGCACAGAGCGUCGAGAAGGGCAAGACCAGCGGCGACUACGAGUCUCACACGGAGUCCGAGGCCACCACUGCAGCCACUGAGACCUCCGUGUGA